UUAUUACUAAAUUUAUAAAAUGUAUUAAAGAAAAUACUUAUACUUCCGUUUUAUCAAAAUUUAUCGAAAUACUAAAAUAUACGAAAUAAGUCAGAAUUAUUCUAGUUUCUUUAAAGGUCAAGUGAUGACAAGCGUCAUUGUAAUCGUCCAUCACGAAAUGUUAUGACAUGGAACAACAUCGAUAUGUAAAAUAAUUCAACUAAUUCAUUAUCCAAAGUAUAUAACAACAAAGAUAUCGCUGUAUAUCGAACGAUAGUGAUUAAUUUUAUUUAUUUAAUAUUACAUUUUCAUAUCAAUUAACGUAAAGAUUGCAAUUCUAACCUAACCGUCAGUUACUAGUUUAAAAAAUAUCUUUUAAAUUUUUCAACGUAUCUUGAGAUUAUUGAACUUUAACAGUACGAUAAAAUUUUAUUACGAAAUGAAUCUACCACGAAUAUUAAUAAUAAGCACCGAAAAAGGAAAAGCUAAUGAAAUUGCAGCGAAUAUAGGUGGAGAAAAAUUGUCUAACCAAGAUCAUUUUGAAUAUCAUUUAUGGGAUAUUCAAAACAAAUAUUACAAAACACAAGUGUUAAUAUGUGUUACAGAAAAUCCUUCUGAAGAUAUUUCAAUCGAUGGUGUAGAAGCAUUAAUUGUACAUCAUAAUCCACAGGCAGAAGAUGCAGAUCAGAAUUUAAAGGAAUGGUCAUCUGUAAUUGCUUCUUUAGCAGAAGCUGAAGUGCUACUGUUUUCUUGUAAUUUUAUAACAGACACCAUAAUUAGGAAUGAAGUGAUAAAAUGGUGUCUGCAAAACAGAUUUGAGCUAAUUGAAUUAAAUAGACCGGAUGUAGAUGCUUCAGAAGCUGAUUCAGAAAAUAACAAAUAUGGAAAACCAUUGGACGUAGGAGAACAAAAUCCUGAUAUGGAAGAAGUUGAAGAACAGUUUGAAAACAUUGAACUAAGUCAAGAUUCUACAGAAACAUUACCAAUAGAGAACAUGCUAGAUGGAAUUAUGGGUGAAGAGAAUGUAGAUUUUGGAGAAUUGUUUAGUCAAUUGAGAGCUAUGAAAGAACAUGCAGCAUUACUGCCAACUAAUCAAAGACGAAUAGCCGCUGAACAAUUAGUUACUGCUUUUUGGAAAGCAAUGGGUGGUGAUCCAUCAGAAAUGGAAGAUUAAUAUAUGUAUUAAUUAUAUAAUGCACUUAAAUUCAUAUUAGGAACGCGUAUUUUUAUCUUGACAUCUUUUUGAUAUAUUAAUUUUUAAGAAGAGAACACGACGGUCGUUACAAUAGUUAAUUGUGAAAUAUUUGAAGUCGUUUAAAUAAAAAUCAGGUGUAACGUAA